AUGGCUGCUAUCGUAUUGGCUUUGUCCAUUGAUUAUUCGCUUAUUCUUCUCACUCGGUUCCGCGAGGAAAUCAUAAUUAGGAAGAAGGGCGUACGAGAGGCCUGUAUCGAUAUGCUGUACUUCAGCGGUAUGAUUAUAAGCGUUGGCGUUAGUUUUCAUGGUGUCGGUCCUAUGUUCGCUCUCAUUGAACCUUAUGAUUAUCCCAACACUUAUUAUAACAUUUCCUAA